UCCCAGAGCCUCUCUCAGCAAUGGCUAUGGUGUGUCUUUCAGACUUUGAAGCCUACGCUAAAAAGUAUUUACCCAAGAUUGCUUGGGAUUAUUUUGCAGCUGGAGCAGAUGACUGUAACACACGAGAUGAAAACAUCUUGGCAUAUAAAAGAAUUCGUUUCCAGCCACGUGUGCUGCAGGAUGUAUCCAUGAUGGAUAUUAGGACUAAGAUCCUGGGGACUGAAAUCAGCUUUCCCGUAGGAAUCGCCCCCACUGGCUUCCACCAGCUAGCAUGGCCUGAUGGAGAGAAAAGCACAGCCAGAGCAGCCAAAGCCAUGAACACCUGUUACAUUGCCAGCACGUACUCCACCUGCACGCUGGAGGAGAUCUCUGCGGCCGCUCCCGGGGGCCUCCGGUGGUUCCAGCUCUACAUCCACCGCAACAGGGCAGCUUCCCGUCAGCUGGUCCAACGAGUGGAGGCCUUGGGUUUCCAGGCCCUUGUCCUCACCGCGGAUCUGCCCUACACGGGCAAAAGACGCGAUGAUAUCCGCAACGGUUUCUGCCUUCCACCCCACAUAAAACUGAAGAACUUGGAACGAGACUUUGAGGGAGAUGACCGUUCUGAGUAUGGACUGCCACCCAACAGCUUGGAUCCUUCCAUCACCUGGAAUGAUAUCUACUGGCUGCAGAGCCUGACUCACCUGCCCAUCAUCAUCAAAGGCAUCUUGACGAAAGAAGAUGCAGAGUUGGCUGUGAGACACAGAGUCCAGGGAAUUAUUGUGUCCAAUCAUGGUGGAAGACAACUGGAUGAAGGACCUGCCACUAUUGAUGCUCUGGUUGAAGUUGUGGAGGCAGUCCGAGGCAGAGUUGAAGUUUACUUAGAUGGUGGAAUAAGAAAAGGAAGUGAUGUGUUAAAAGCACUGGCACUGGGAGCAAAAUGUGUCUUUAUUGGAAGACCAGCUUUAUGGGGUCUGGCUUACAAGGGUGAAGAAGGUCUCCAGGACGUUUUGAGAAUUUUGCAGGAUGAAUUUCGUUUGUCGAUGGCCUUGGCCGGCUGUGCCAGAGUCUCAGAGAUUGGCCGACACCUGGUUCGGUUCUCCAAGCUGUGAACAGCCUCCUGCAAUACCCACCAAACAGAGGCAGCUCAAGCUGAGGUCCCAGCCAGACUGAAGACAGCAAAGAAGGAACAAUAAGUAUAUGAUAAGGCCUUCAGGAAACCUCUGAGGAGAUUAGGAAAGUCUCCAUGUUAGCAAAGGCUGUGCUCUGCUUUUGUUGAGACCAAUGAAUUCCUUAGCAGUUCGAGUAAUUUUUACUUGCUUAAAUACAUUUGCUUUAAACUGGCUGUUCCAUGUCAUUACCUAUGUUGGGCUUUACUCCAGAGUUCUAUUACACUGGACAUCCAGACAUGGAAAACCAUGUGCCUUGCUUUUUCCACUUGAUUGUCCUACCAAGUCUGACUGCAACUCAGUCACACUUUCCUACUCUGGCAUAGUAAUUGUUGUGGCCAAUAUCUUCCAUAGCUUGGGCCUUUCCCAGAUGUAUUCAAAACAGAUACAGAAACAAGAUGCAUCAGUUAACAGGCACACAAGUUACCCUUUGAUGGUGGGGGCAGUUUUUGCCCACUGGUUCUAAACGCAGAGCAAUGAAAUCACCUGUAACCAAAUCAGCACCCUGUGCUCCCUGCUGAGAGAGCCUCUUCUUUCACUACAUAGGUAAUUUGUAAGGCAAACUCUUCUGAGUAGCAGUCAAGACCUGUUCAUUUUCAGAGGGCACCACAAGUUUGUGGCAGUGGGUACAUCACUCACCUGGUGCCCUGGUCUCUGCCCAUGGAUAAGGGCAGCCAGCACAGGCUAACGGAGUGGGUAGGAGCUGCUGGCACCACCCCAGCAGCAUGUGACCUUUGCUCUCUGAGGAUAGCUCAGAGGCCGUGUCACACCUGCUGCCAGCACAAACACUUGCUCUCCGAGGUAGCAGAAAUAUGUGCUCAUCCCUUCCCUGUCCAAGUUUCUUCCUGAGACAUGAGUGUUGCCUCCUCAUGAGGAAGCCAAUGGCCCUUGGCUGUGUCAGAGCUGCUUUCUGGCUGCCCAGAGUAGACAAGGAAGUCUGCUACUGCCCAUAGCUGAGGGAGCUACUGGGGAAUGGAAAUGAGGGAAUGUGGGGGCACAUACGGUCUUACAGCCAGGGCAGAAAUCUGUUGAUGUUGUAUUAUUUGGAGCUGAUGUCCCUUUGGGUUUGUUUGUGUCAAUAGGCUGCAGCAUGAGUAUUUAUCCUGAACUGUUGUCCCUAGGAGGAGUUUAACAACAAUUGUUUUUUUAAUCUUUACAUUAUGCUGUCCAAGUAAAGGUGUAAAAAGAAUUAUCUACUCAAAAUGGCUAAACCCGCUGUGUGCAUAUUUGGUCUUUGUUACAAAUGUGACGCGUAAAUCUGUGGGGCAUUGGGCCAGUGUAUCUGGGAAUAAGCUGAAUUUCCACAAAGAGUUUAACUGAUUUAACUGCUCUGGCUAAAUCAGGUCUUUUCAAUGAGGUUAAGUAAACUAAGAUGGUACAUACAGGAAAACUGAUAAUGUUCAUCAUCUUUAAAAAUGCAAUGUGAUGUUAAAACUAUCUGAUAAGACACCUGACCUUGUUUUCUUAUAAAUAAUUUUUAUGGCCAGACUCACAAGUGUGGCCACUGAUGUUACAGCAGCACAAAAUGGCAGAGGGGUGCCAGACAGCAAUGGGAUGCCAUGUCACUUUGUGCCAAAGAAAUACCAACUUGCUGGGCACCUUCCCUAUUUAGUGCACCUCCCAGUCUCCCCUUGCACACAAGGCUCCCUUUCUUGGCAAUCUCAAACAGUGGU